AUGGCGAGGGGCAUGCGCUUGAGGAGGAGGAAAAGGAGGAGAAAGCAAGCUGCUGAAUGUCCCCUCAACACAGAGGAGCUGGGGCGAAAAACCUGGGCCUUCCUGCACACCAUGGCAGCGUAUUACCCCGAGCAGCCCAGCCUGAGCCAGCAGCAGGACAUGGCCCAGUUCUUCAACCUCCUUAGCAAGUUCUACCCUUGUGCGACAUGUGCAGCCAAUCUCCGGAGCAACUUAAGCACGAAAAAGCCAGAUACCAGCAGCCGGCAGAACCUGUGCCAGUGGCUCUGUGAGCUCCACAACCAGGUGAAUAAAAUGCUGGGCAAACACCCCUUCAAGUGCUCCCAGGUGGACGAGCGCUGGCGAGACGGCUGCAAAGGGAGGUCGUCUCGCUAG